AAUGAGCUAAAGUACACAGUUUAUGAAUGAAGUUGUAAUAGAAAGUUUGAAGUGUUCAUUUAGUUAAUGUAACAGUCCAUUGAUUCCAUCUAACAAGAAUUUUAUUUAUUACUACUAUAAACAAAAUCCUAUUGUUCAUAAUACCAAUGGAUAAAUAAUUAAUGGAAUAAAUGAUGUAAGACCACUAGAAAUUAAAUUCGUUUGUUAUGAUUGUAUUAAUAAUUUAAAGGAGAAUGGUCGUCAAUAUAUUAUAUAAAUUGAAGAGAAAAUUAAUCUUAAUAGAGAAUAAUAUAGUAUAUCAGUAGAAAGAGACUGUGAAGAAACACCAAAACCUCCGAAGCAAGGUAGUUUUACAACAUAAAGGCAAUUCUGUUAAAAAUGCAUAUAAAAUUAAAAUCAAAUUAAAUCAUUUGACAUAAGCAUUCAAAGUUAAAAUAGAAGUUCAAUAGAUACAGAUAUUGAGAUUGCAAAAUAUUAUGCUGAAGAAUAAGUAAAAAAUUAAUUUAUUUAAAAUAGUAUUAAAAAGAUAAAGAGAUUUUUGAAUAAUUAUAAUAGAGAUUACAAAGGAUAAAUAACAAUGACAAUGAAAAAAUGACAAAAUUGAUGAUUCUAAAUAAAAUCAAGAUGAUAAUGAAAAAGUAUGAAUGA